AUGGCAGAGACGUUCGCCUUCAAUGCUGACAUCCAGCAGUUGAUGUCCCUCAUCAUCAACACCUUCUACUCCAACAAGGAGAUCUUCCUCCGAGAGCUCAUCUCGAACGCAUCGGAUGCCCUGGACAAGAUCCGGUACGAGUCCAUCACGGACCCCGACAAAAUCGAGGCACAACCUGAGAUCACGGCUCAGCCGAACUUUUUCAUCAAGAUCAUUCCCGACAAGACGAACUCCACCUUGACUAUCGAGGAUUCCGGUAUCGGCAUGACCAAGAACGAAUUGAGUGGCUACAUGUACACCUCCUGCGCCUCAGCGUGCUCGGUGGCCACGGGACCUCCUCCUCUUGACACGGGGCAGAGGGGCGAGGUAGCGAAGUUACAUGCAGGUGACCCUCACUGGGAGAUGCUGAUUGUCAUCAUGGCGAGGCAUGUGGGCAUACCGCUUUGCUUGCAGCUGACCUUGGCGAGCCUUGAUGUGGAGAGAGAGACUGGUGGAGAUGAUGGCGAUGCCUUGGGCCUCGCCUCAAUCCUCCGUCCUUUGAUUGAGAAGCUGCUCCGGGAAGUUCUCCGUGACCUCCUUGGCUGCAGCGGCUUGAAGCAACUGAUGGCGGGCAUGCUUGCGGGUGAGCAGCCUGCCGCGAGGACUUCUUCUACGGCUUCUCCUGCUGUGGGUGGCGAGGCCGAGGACGAGGGCAAGAGCGCUGGUUGCGAGAAGGCGACUGGCAAUUGCCCGACGACUAGUGGCGAGAAGGCGGCUGGCAAGGGCCCGAGCACUGGUGGCGAGAAGGCUGGUGGCAAGGGCAAGAGCACUGGUGGCGAGAAGGCGUCUGGCAAGGGCCCGAGCACUGGUGGUGGCGAGAAGGCGACUGGCAAGAGCAAAGCGGAGAGUGGCGACGGAGAGUGGAUCACAGUUGGGCCCCGCGGUGGUGGCGACUGGCAGCUCCGUGCGUCGGACUGGACAGACCCUUUGCUUUCCUACGAGGAGCUGGUGCGACUGGCUGCAGACGCUACUUCCGUGGUCAGGGCCGUCGCAAAGGUGAACGAGGAGCAGAAGGACACACUUGUGUCCCUCUUCCGUGGGUCUGGUCGGGCCCACGCUUUGCUGUUGGUGGAGCUGAAGCAGGGACCUGACUCUGAGCAGUGCCCGGGCACACAAGGGGGCAAGCUGACCUUCAAGCAAGUUUCCUUUACGAGGGCUUGCUCGACUGGCGUCGAGCCUCCGGGACCCAAGGUGAAAGCUGCGAAUUCCAAGGUGGAGCUGCAGCGCAGCUCUGUGAUCGUGCGCUUUGUCCAGCGCUUCAUGGACAAGGAGGCUUGGAGCUCUGCCUUGAAGAUGCCGCAGAAGGCCUUGCUUGCCCACCUGAGCAAGCAUCGGCUGAAGGCCAUGGACACAUGGGGCUGGGUCGUUGAGGCCGGGCCUGGUGGCGAUGGGCAGCAGAUCUUCGGCAAGUGCCGGCCUGCUGAUGGAGAUGUGGCCACCUUACUGGCGACGAGCGGCCAGGCGGCUUUCUUCGACCCGAGCCGCAGUUUCAACAUGGGCCCAGUGGUGACGCAGUGGCAGCCGCAGCAGGACCGGGAAAGCAAUGCUGCUUACCUUGCGCGCUGUCUGACGCUCCAGUCGGACUUUGGGCUGGUCGUUGGCCGCAAGCAGCUGGGCAAACGGGUCAAGCAUGAUCCGAGCGUGCCGGUGAAGAGGCUCUGGUUAGCCGAGGCCGUGCCGAACGUUGUGACGGUGGAUCAGCUCUCCACUGUCCUGGGCGCUGCUUUUGAGGAGGUGGAGAUGGUGCAUCAACGCCGGCGCGCUGGCUGCAAAGACUAUAACCUUUCGCGGCACCACGGCGCAGGAGAUCCGCACUUCUGGUGCCUGGUCGCUGUUGGGGCCUCGGUCUCUUUUGGCAGCGAGCCGAGGGCUGAUGCGCCGGAGGCUCCGGCGGGCCUUGGCGAGGCGGAGGAUGAGAACGACGAGGGCACGACGGCGGCGGGUGCGCCCGCGGCGCAGAAGGCCAAGGAUUGGUCCGGCUACGUGGCGUCCAUCGAAACCGAUAAGGUUUGGGGUGGGCUGUUGGAAUUGCGUGGGGCGCGCAAAAGGGUCAUUUGUCUGUAUUUCACCGGCAGCCACUAUGACCUGAUUGAGGGCACGGACGGUGGCGGAUGCGAUGGCCUCAGUGUGGACGCGAUCCUCCAGAUCGACUUCCAAGCGGUGACCUCGGUGGCGGUGGGGGCAAAGCGCACUUUCUCCACGGCUUCUGCGGGCACCGGACCUGCUGCUAACGUCUGUGUGGCGGACUUUCUGGAUGGGGAGGAGCCGGCUGCUCCCAAGAAUGCCUUGGUGGCCUGCUACCGCAGAGGCACCUCGCGCAAUCCUUCCAAAGUCAAGGACGGCGACUACCAGGAGAAGUGCGAGUAUUGUGCUAAAGUCUUCAAGGCCAAGACGGCGACGCAGCUGAGCCAGCGCAGGUACGACCAUUACCGCGUGUGGCACCCGGAGCUCCCUCGAUGCCACACGCUCUGCACACCGGAGGCUCGCAUAUGCAGGUUGGCCAAAAGUGCGCCGGCGGUUUCGCAGGGCAAGUUCACGCAGGCGAGGGAGGCACACCGGGAGCGCUGUCAUGCCAAAGUGACGGCGGCACAGUAUGCCAUCAAGUGCCGUGCCCAAGGAUUGAGAGCCCCUGCGGUUGUGAUGAAGCGCCGCACCAAUGCUCUGAACCGUGGAUUGGGCAAGCGGCUACGUGCCGCUGCGACUUCUUCGGCCAAUGCAUUUUGCCAGAUGUCGACAGCGAUUGUGCUCUAUGCUGCCUGGAGAUGCACACAGUGCGUCGGAUGUUUUCGAACUUUGCGGGUGGCCCAGCGCCACAAGUGCACCGGGACCUUGGCGUGGCGGGUGAGGGGCAGGCUUCGCGCCGGCGCACCGCUAUCAGCAUGGGCUCGAUGCCAAGAUGUUAGAGGGCAUCCUCACGAGUGCCCACACCAUGUUGAGCGGCUCUUCGAUGCAAUGAUCGAGCUCGCUACGCUGAACAUAGGCAAGGCGGGCGCGGCCAAGGUGAACGCGUUGGCCGAUAUUAUGUUCGACGACACUUUUCCUGUUACAGUUUUGUGUGUGCAGGAGCUCGACCUCGACGAGCCCUCGGCACCGACCUUCCUGGCCAUGCUUCGUGGCCGGGGCUUGCACGUUUUUCUCAGCCCGGUGGACAACGGCUUGUACAGGUGCGCUGUCCUGGCUAAGGUGGUUGCAAUGCAGGGGGCGCUGGAGGCGGUGGAGCCGCUCAAGCUUACUGGCUCUCCGUGGGUGCUGCUGGGUGUCUUUAACCUGGAGCAGUUCUCUGAGCCCAUGGCGGCCAACCUGGUUGCCUACGAGCUGGACUUGGAGGACCCGGCGCAGUGGGAGGCUGCUUGGAGUGAAGCUGGUUUUCAGGCGGCGCUGGAGGCUGGCGACUUGGAUGGCGCAUGGACUUUGAUUUCUGACGGUUCUGACGUGGCAGAGGACCUCCUCGGCGAGCCGGGUGCGAGCGGACUCCUUGGUGCUAGUGCGUCUUCGUCGGCUUCAGCGGCGGGUGGCUCAGCUUGGGCAUCGUCCUGGCGAUCGACGGCUUGGGCGGCGCAUUUGGCAUGUGACUUGGUGAACCAGGUGCCGUGGCUCGCGGAGCUGCCCUACUUCGAGAUGGAGGCGUGGAGUGACUGGCUCGAGGAGCGAGUUCAGGAGGAGGAGGCACGCUGCAAGACGGCGGCCGUUGCUGCUUGGCGGGGGAAGAUGGAUACCUCUGAGCCCUGCCUUUUGUCGUGGAUCAAGCGGCGGGAGCAGCUGAAUGUGGAGAUGGAGCGGCCCCAGCUCGGAGCUGAUGAGGUUCGUGAGUGCAAGGCCAUCCACCCGACCCAGGUGCUGAAGGAGUCGGAGGAGGCCUGGAUGCGGCUAUGGGGACGCCGGGAUGCGACUGGGCGCGUGGGAGAUGGCGCAGAAGGCGGCGGGGCCAGACGGUUGGUCUACCUCUUCGUGGCGUUUGCAAGAGAGGCGUUCAGGAUUGUAGACUCCCUGGAGCAAGCCCCUCUGUACAUCCAGGAGGACCUCACCAAGUUCUUCGACGGCAUCCGGGUGCCGGACCUGGUGCUCACGUUGGAGCGGCUGGGUGCACCGGGUAUGUUGGUGCAGCUUCUGCAGAGUUUCUACGGUGACCAUAGUCGCGUCUUCACGGUCAGUGGCAUGGUUGGCCCGCGGUGGUGCCAGGUGCACUGCGGCAUUGCUCAGGGCUGCCCUCUUUCUCCAGCGCUUGCCGGCGCCAUCAUGGCUAUGUGGUCCUUUGUGACGGAGCGUGGAGCAGAGGAUGCGGUUUCGACGAUGAGUUUUGUGGACGACCGGCCGAGUGAGGAGGUGACUGAGCUGAGCGAGGCCCUGGACUACGAGGUCUCCGACUGCCUUUCCCUGCUUGGUGUGGUGGUGCCACUCGAUGUGACGCAGCGGCCGGUGCUCAAGGACUUUGACUUGCGGAAGGCCUUGCGGAGGCUCCGGUUGAUCACUGUGGCUGCCCAUGGCUUGGAGCGCAAGAAGCGCAUGCUCACUGUGCUGGUGGUUCCGAUGUUGACUUGGGCCGGUGGCUUUGCGUCAGUCCCUCCGGAGUUUGUGGAUGGAGGUGCAUCCGGGCUACCCGGCGGACCUUUCGGCCCUCAGGCACUGUGGAUCGAGGACGCCCCGCUGCGCCUGGUGACGAAACGGUGGCCUCAGCUUCUGCCCUUUGCGGUCGAGAUCCUCACGAGGCUGGGCUGGUGGCGUGGUCGUGACGGCCGCCACUUUUUCCGGCGCGACUCCUACGGCCAGGUUCGGCGCUUUGAGCUCGGCGUGGACACCUUUGCGGUUGUGGAAAAAACUGGCACAGACAGAAACCUGAUGCGUUGCUUGGAAUGUGCACCGAAAAGUCUUUCCUGCCGCGGCCUGAAACAAGCGAGCUCUGCAUUGCUUCUCUUAUACCCUUAG